AUGCUCGAUUACAAGUACUACCCGUACAUCUUCGACAACAUCAUCAGCUACCUCGACCCCAAGGGGCUGCAGGCCAUGCGCCCCACGUCCAGGGCUGUCAACAACACGGUCUACAGCAUCUACCGGCACGUUCUGGUCCAACCGGACGCGCCGCUCAGCGACCGCAUGUUCGUCCGUGACCCCCAAGACCAUCGCCUACUUCUCGUCCUCGACAAGAAGAUCCCGCACUCCCGUCGUCUCCGUGGAAGCGACAACCAACACAAACCGUCGUUCCGGGAGGCCAUGGACCGCCUCACCGAGCAUACACGCAUUUUCGACUUUGCCUGUCCCAUGCAGCGACCUACAACCGCACAGCGCUCCAGGCUCGUCCUCAAGCCGCUUAUUGAAAGUGCGAGAGUUUCGCGACAGCUCUGUUUGGUCCCUGCUUCGGUGGUGCAAUCCAGCCCUCGGCACCACUGCUCAAUCGUGGCCACCUUUGGCGGGUGGGUUCCUGAAACUGGACCGGUGUACGACGCAACCACCGUCUACACCCUCGGCAUUCCUGUCCCUAGUCAGGACGUGUUGAUUGUCAUCGAAGCCGGGAGGCGUGAAUCAACCUCAUCAGGGGAGGAUCACCUCACCGAGGAGGUCCUUGACGGCCUCUGCCAACACCUCGAGAGGAAGCUCUACGAUAUCUACUUCCUCGGUCCCCAGUGGAGAAGCGUCACAUUCAUUGAGAUCGAGAAGCCCGAUCUCCAGCCCCUCAACAUUGAUUGGGAGCGAACGAUCACCCGGCUUCAAAGUUGGUGGAGCACCCAUGGCCAUACACACACCUUCUCGCACAAGUCGUCCACCGACUUCCAGCAUGAGUACGGUCUCAACGACGUCCAGUUUGGAAUGUUGACCACUGUUCCCAACUGGAAGGAAUUGGCUCAGCCUGGCCGGUAG